AUGUCCGCCAUCAACCUGUCCAAUGGCGACUCCGCAACCCACAAGCCCGACGGCAUCUCCAAGGUGAACGCCGGCAGCGGCAGCGGCCCCGGCCCCUCGGUCCACGAUGCCGCCUCCCUCGACGACGUGCGCGCCUCCCUGGCCGCGCUGCACACACGCGAGGCCGCCAUCGCCUCGCGGCUGAAGGCCCUCGUGUCCUCGCAGGCCGACCUGUCCCGCGAGCUCGGCCGCCUGGACCUGCUGCGCGCGAACCUGGGCUCGCAGGUCAUCGCGACCCGCAGCAUCAGCAACGGCAUGCUUUCGGGGGCGGCCGACACGGCGGGCCGCCUGUCCAACCGGGUCAAGGAGCUCGACCUCGAGAAGGACCGCGUGCAGCAGACGCUCCGGGUCGUCGAGCAGGUCGCCGAACUCAAGGCCUGUGUCCACGGCGUGGUCGGGUCCAUGGGCGCCCCGCAGGACUGGGAGGCGGCUGCUGGGUACAUCGCGCGGGCCAGCAAGGUCCCGGAGGCUAUCAUCCGGGGUGGAUUCGCCUCGAGUAUAGUUCCAAGUGUCGAGGUGCCAGAUGCGCCCUGGAUCACGCUGGAGAACGCAAAAGAGAGUUUGUGCGGGCUGUUCCUCAGAGAGUUCGAGAAGGCUGCCAGCGAGGGCGAUGGCACCAAAGUAACCAGAUUCUUUAAGCUGUUCCCACUCAUUGGGAGGGGGGACGUGGGGUUGGAUGUCUACGGACGCUACGUCUGUCAGGGUGUCGCGGGCACGGCGAGACAGACGUUGAAGGAGGUCCCCGGCGGCCAGGGGCGCAAGGACGGCUUCUUCUAUGCCAAUGCUCUCACAAAGCUAUUUGAGCACAUUGCACAGAUCGUCGAAGGCCAUGGAGGCUUGGUCGAACGGCACUACGGCGAGGGCCAGAUGGUCAAGGUCAUCGAAAGGUUACAAAUGGAAGCUGAUGUCCAAGGUGGCAUCAUCCUCGAUUCGUGGAGUGACGAGCGAGGCGUGGAUAGGAGGCUUACAGACGUCAAGAGCUAUCCAUUCUCAUUUCUCGUCCAGAGUUUUGCGGCAGCGCCCAAGGGCAUUACUGGUGCUCCCAGGAUGAAUUCGCCGGCAUUAGGUGGUGGGACCAAUGCCAGAAACAGCGAGGACGAAGGCGUCAACAUGAAGGAGGUCGAUGAACUCCUCAGUGAAAUAUCGGUCAUGCUAGGGCGGUGGUCACUCUACUCACGAUUCUUGGCUGGAAAGUGCAGGGCCCCCAACACGCCAUCUGAUGCAGUGCUUUCAAUGCCAGAUGCUCUCACCCACUCCAAUCUGAGCAAGAAGAUAUCUGCAAAGUUGACGUCGCCAUAUCAAGUCAUGUCACAGUUCUUCUUCAGAAGAUCCGUUGAAAAGGCCUUCCAGCUUGACGAAUCACCAUCAGGGCUCUCUCUUAACUCCAACAAAGUGAUCGAUGGUAACCCUCCCUUCAUAAUAUCAGCAGUCGACGAUACCAUGUAUAUCGUCAGCGCAGUUGUUGAGCGAUGUCUUUCCACCUCGCAACGAGACGUGGUCGGCUCGGUCGUCCCUAUUAUUAGCAGAGUGCUGGGAUCUGACUUCAUCGGUGUAAUUCAAAGGAGGAUGCAACACGACUGCUACCCGAAACCGGCCAUGCAAGGUGGUUUCCCGCCAGAGGACAAGAUCAUCGCCUUCAUCGUUUUGAUCAACAGUCUGGAUAUCGCAAAUGAGUACCUCACUCGCAUUAUAUCGACACGUCUCGGCAAAUCAGAAGAACCAAAUGGCGCGCCGAAAACUAACCAUUUGGCUGCCUCCUUCCCCUUCGAGCAUGAUGCCAACGCAGUCACGAGCGCACUUGAAACGCUGAAAUCAAGCUUCGCGUUGAAGUCUAAUGAGCUGCUCACAGAGGGCAUCGCACAUCUCUUCUCCAACGUGGUGGAGAAGAGGCUACGCGUGGUCAUGACCGACACCUUCCGCGACGCAGAUUACGCCUUGACCGAGGACGAGUUGGCGGAGAUUGCGCAGCAGAACGACCAAGAUGAAGAGCAGUUGCUUGACCACGUGCAGAGGCAGUUCGAGCGCUACUGGAACGCGCUCAUGCGGCCCAUCGAGCGCAUCAUGACGGCGAAGCCCUUCGCGCUGCUGAUGAACAGGACAGCCAAGGAGCUGGCCACGACGCUGGAGAGGCGGGUGUGGAGAUAUGGCGGCAAGGCGAACGCGUAUGGCGCCAUCCGCAUGGAGAGAGACUUCUCGGGCAUCAUCAGCAUCGUCACCAAGGGUAACUACAGCCUGAGGGAGCUGUUUUCCAAGGUCUCGCAGACGCUCAUGAUCGCCAACAUGGAGGAUGACGAGUGGGAGGAGCUCGUUGCCGAGGGCGAGGAUGGCAUCGACUGGGUGCUGAGCGAGGACGAGAGGCGCAGGGCUCGGAAUUUGAUCAGGGAUUGA